AUGAGCCAGGCCAGGCCUCGCUAUGUCGUCGACCGUCCUGCCUACUCCCUCCGCCUCUUCGAUGAGGAGUUUGAGAAGAAAAGCAGAACUUACCCCGUUGGGGACAAACUGAGGAACCUUUUCAGAUGUUCAGCUUCCAGAUUCAAGCUCAUCCUCUUCAGCCUGUUCCCAAUCCUCGUGUGGCUUCCCAAGUAUAAAAUUAAGGAGUACAUUUUGCCCGAUGUUCUCGGUGGGGUCAGUGCGGGGACGAUCCAGGUGCCACAAGGGAUGGCCUUUGCACUACUGGCCAAUCUGCCUCCUGUCAAUGGGCUCUACUCCUCCUUCUUCCCCUUGAUAACAUACCUCUUCCUUGGGGGUAUCCAUCAGAUGGUCCCAGGUACCUUCGCAGUCAUCAGCAUUAUUGUUGGCAACGUCUGCAAUGAGCUGGCUCCGGAGUCGGACUUCCAGUACUUCAACCACACCACUAAUGAGACCAGCGUGAACACCACGGCCCUGGAAGCGGCCAGGCUGGAGAUCUCGGCCACCUUAGCCUGCCUGACAGCCAUCAUACAACUCUGCCUGGGAUUCGUGCAGUUUGGCUUUGUCGCUAUCUACCUCUCCGAGUCUUUCAUCAGGGGCUUCAUGACAGCAGCGGGGCUGCAGAUCCUCAUCUCCGUGCUCAAGUACGUCUUCGGCUUGACAGUCCCGUCUUACACCGGGCCCUUAGCUAUCGUCUAUACAUUCAUUGAUAUUUGUAAAGGUCUGCCCCAAACCAACGUGGCCUCCCUGGUCUAUGCCUUGGUCAGUGCUGUGCUCCUGGCCAUUGUCAAGGAGCUCAACCUAAAGUACAUGAAGAAGAUCCGGAUGCCCAUCCCCAUGGAGAUCAUCAUCGUAAUAGUUGCCACUGCAAUCUCUGGCAGCUUUAACAUGCCUGAGAAGUACGGCAUGCCAGUGGUUGGGAAGAUCAGCAUGGGGUUCCCAGCACCAACCCUGCCCCUGGUGAGCAAGUGGAAGGACAUGAUGGGCACAGCGUUCUCCCUCGCCAUCGUGAGCUACGUGAUCAACCUGGCCAUGGGGAGAACACUGGCAGCCAAGCACGGCUACGACGUGGACCCCAACCAGGAAAUGCUGGCCCUGGGCUGCAGCAACUUCUUUGGCUCCUUCUUCAAGAUCCACGUGAUCUGCUGCGCUCUCUCCGUCACUCUCGCCGUCGACGGCGCAGGAGGGAAAUCACAAGUGGCAAGUUUCUUUGUGGCCAUGGUGGUCAUGGUGACCAUGCUGGCGCUGGGCAUCUACCUCGAACCGCUUCCAAAGUCUGUCCUGGGAGCCCUCAUCGCGGUGAACCUGAAGAACUCCCUCAAGCAGCUGGCGGAUCCCUUCUACCUGUGGCAGAAGAGCAAGCUGGAC